UAAUUAAGGAAUCUAGAUAUUGUACCACUCUUGCCAUUAUCUCAUUGUCUCACUUUCUUAUCAUAAUGGAAUUUGAAAAAUUAUCCAGUGAUAUUGAAUUAGAGGAUAAUGAAAAUAAACCAGAGAAUGAUUUA